GGAGCCCAGUGCGGUGACGCUCUAGCCUCCGAGCGCUGUCUCUAUGCUCCCCCGCGUCUAGUCUAUUUAUUGUCGCGGGGAAGCAGCGGCCGCCCCGGACCCGGAACAACAAAGCGCGAAAGAGGGAGCCCGUGCCUCGGGGGCUCCUAGCAACGGGCCGGGGCGGGAGUUCCAUGGAGACUGGGGAGCGCGCCCGCCUCAUCAUCAUCCUCGUCCUCCAGCUUAUCCUUCGCGUCCGACGCCACCGGUAUCAGCGCUCCUGCCGCGUCCUCUGCCGCCGCCCCCUCUUCCCACGGAUGUGAUCUUCGUGGCAGGAAGCUAAGUUUUUAAACUAUCCCAAUGGAUGCAGACAGUGAUGUUGCAUUGGACAUUCUAAUUACAAAUGUAGUCUGUGUUUUUAGAACAAGAUGCCAUUUGAACUUAAGGAAGAUUGCUUUGGAGGGAGCAAAUGUAAUUUAUAAGCGUGAUGUUGGAAAAGUAUUAAUGAAACUUAGAAAACCUAGAAUUACAGCUACAAUUUGGUCCUCAGGAAAAAUUAUUUGCACUGGAGCAACAAGUGAAGAAGAAGCUAAAUUUGGUGCCAGACGUCUAGCCCGCAGUCUGCAGAAACUAGGUUUUCAGGUAAUAUUUACAGAUUUUAAGGUUGUUAAUGUUUUAGCAGUGUGUAACAUGCCAUUUGAAAUCCGUUUGCCAGAAUUCACGAAGAACAAUAGACCUCAUGCCAGUUAUGAACCUGAACUUCAUCCUGCUGUGUGCUAUCGGAUAAAAUCUCUACGAGCUACAUUACAGAUUUUUUCAACAGGAAGCAUCACAGUAACAGGGCCCAAUGUAAAGGCUGUCGCUACUGCCGUGGAACAGAUUUACCCGUUUGUGUUUGAAAGCAGGAAAGAGAUUUUAUAAUUCAUCACUUAAUUGGUUAGAAUCCCUAACUGAGCACCUUUUAAAACCUGCUGCACAUUGGACUCAAAACAAAAGGAAACUGGACCAACAGUAAUUGAGGAAAUAGACUCUUUUAUUCGUUCACGGCUACAGUGUAAAAAGCUCCAGUCCCCUUGGAUUUUAUUUCAGACUUUGCUGUAAUAUAAAAGGGAAGUUUACAAGACAUGACAUUGCUGCUUUUACAGAAGGACGUUCUAUUUAUUUUCGCAGUAAUUCUCAUGUCCCCAUAAGCAGAGCUGUCACAGUGUGCACUACCUUAAAUUGUUUUGUUGUUAUUUUUUUCCAGUUUGAGCUAAUGUGUUUUAUUUGUGAAUAGUCUUUUACAUUUUUGUAUGCUGAAUAUGGGCACCAAAGAACCUGUAAAAGUUAUCUUUUUCAAUUGAAUAUGCACAAAUAAAAGUUUGGAAAAGGUC